AUUUGAGCACGCUGUCAGGAUUGAGCUGAUGUGAGCGCUGCAUCAAGUGCGCGGUGGUGAUGCUCCAGUAUAAAAUAGUCCGCUGUGUUUUGGCACAGAGGGCGAUGCAUCAGUUUAACCCUCGGCUCUGCCCUCCGGACUCGCCCAUACAGUAUUCAGCCUAGAUAAGUUGAGGGGAUGUGUGAUCUUAUUGUGAGGAAUCCUGCCGAGGAGCUCUCUGUUCGUCUGUUUGUUUCUUCAACUUCGAUGGCUUGAGUGGCCCAUUUGCACUCAUGCUUGCAGCCGAGGAGGGAUGUAAGGUACGGGCCAUCUACCGCCCUCACAUUGCACGGAGUACCGGCGUGAUUAAGGUCGCUAUCUGAGUGCCAGUAAGAAAAGAAAAAACUACUUUCCGAGAUGUGAAUUAUCGAGAUUUGCUACUCAUUCCACCGGCUCACUUGUCCUAUGCUAUCGACAACGGGAUUUCAAGAGGAAAAUGAUUGUGGCAUAAACUAUUUCUGGAGACGCUUGUCACAGAUAUCGCCGCUGAAGUGGACAGAGUGGAUGGUUAUUUCCCAAACUGUUCAAGCCUAUGAAUAUUGCAUUCAUUUGUUGGAAACGCUGCCUAGUGUCUUCGAGAACAGCGCAGGAGGAAUGCUGGUCCAAGAUCUAAUGUCAUUUACUUUGAGCUUUUGGCCUUUUUUCUUUGGUCAUUGUCUUCUCUCACUGUUUUUACUUUCAUGCCAGGGAGAACUUCAGAGGUCAUGCUCACGGACUGUGGCGGAGAAAGUUAGUGAACAGUGCCAGCUGGCAUGCCAGUGUCAAAGAUACCCUCCCCUUCCUCCUCCGCCGCCUCCACCGCCUCCCCCACGGUUACUGGGCACCACAGUGGUAAAGCCCAUUUUGCCCUUGUUGAGGCCCUGGUGGACAGAGAUGGACUUUAUAGUGCUUGGAACCGUGGGCUGUGCCUCAGUUGUCUUCCUCCUCUCAGCCAUCAUCAUCUGCUACAAGGCCAUGAAGAGGAAACCACUACGAAAAGAAGAGAACGGGACAAGUCGUGGGGAAUAUGCCAUGAGCAUCCGUAACAAGAAGGCCAUGGGUACGAACAACACUGUGGUAUAGACUGUCUCCUGGUAGAAGCAAGUGACAUCACAUUACUGUCUCUCACCUUUCCCACCACCAAACACAACAAUCCCAUCUCACCCAGAAUGCAACUGGGUUUUACCCAAGGUUUUCAAAUAGGUAAAGCUUCCCUCUUUGCUUGGCAUGUUGCCUGGACUGAAGACGGCGUUCAGCUCAAGAAGAGCUGUAAAAGAUGGAAGGAAAAAAUCAAGACUGAAAGGAUGGAGUAAAAGUCCAUAAACCCCCAUGGUGUUGAACAUUAUGCUCUUAGUAACAGCAAGUGUUGCUGACAGGCUGGUUGGCUGCUGGCUGGAGAGGGACUGUCUGCCAGUCUGCCGCAGAUCCAGACCUCACACACUGUUGACAUCUGCAACGGAGCAACAGACAAUACAGCAGCCCUGCAGUCCCAUGGGCGGCCAGGCAGGACAGCCCAUCACACAUAAUAAAUAAGUGCAUGCAGUUUUUACAGAGAAUGCAACAUUUUUAUAUUCCAAUCCACACACUAUCCAUCUUUUGUUCUCCAUUUUUGAGACAGGCAUGAUGUUACUGUCGGUUCUGUCUCUGAGAUAUGGAUUCAUCUGACUAUGCAAUUUAAAGAAAUCCAUAUCAUGGAAAUAAAGAGGAACAACGACAUUAACAUGGGACAUUUUAGUUAUUUUACCAUGCCAAAAAUGCCACCGAAGACUUCGGCUCAAUGUAAUAUACUAUUUCAGUCAUUGAUCGAUUUAUUUGACUCUAUUUAAUUAUCUACCUUUGAAUUUAUUUUUCUACUUAAAGAAAAAUAACUGUCUUGUAAGUUAUUCACAUCUUUACAAAUAUUGAACAUCUUGAUAAAUUAAUUUUAUUUCUUUAUAGCUCUGUUUUUAAGUGAAUAAUUCAUCUGUGAUGCUCUGAUGCUUUAAGCCUGCUGUCAGUUUGUUGAGACACUGAUGCUUGCACUGAUGCUUGCUCUGCAAAGAGUUUUGGUAUCUGUAGUUUUGUCUCUGGAUGUUUGAUAUGCUUCUCUCUGUUUUUCUGAGGCUUCAACUGAAGAAUCAGAUGAAUGUGUUCAACCCCCCCACCCCACCCCCCAAAAAAGUCAAGUCAUUUGGUAAUAUCCUCUGAGUUCUGCAGUCAGCUCGAUGCCUUCAGCCUUGAAUCUGACAAUCUUCAUUUUUCUAUCUGUCAAGAAGGGCUUAGCCCUUUGCUUUAGAAACAGGGGACAUGAGCCCAGGGCUGACCUUUCCGACUGGUGAGAGACAGGAGACUGAGCCAAUAGCCAGAGAUCAUGUUGCACAGAGGGUGGCCUCAGCAGGGACGUGUGUGACUCAGUGCUGUCAGAUGCAUCCUCCACAGCCCCACUGGAAAAACAAAACUGAGUUGAACUGGAGCAUCACUCAACGCUGCUCUGUUGUUCUUGUUUGUUCUUUUUUUUUUUUUUUUUACAUUACAUCUGUGUGUGUCUGUUACUGUGUGCAUGUGUGAGUGUAUGUCUUUGUGUGUGUUUUUUUGUGUGCGCGUACAAGUGUGUGUGUCUGUCUGUGAGUAUGCAUGCAGAUGAGUGUACUCGGUGAGAGUGGGUUGUUCUCUGUGGCUGUCUGUUAAGUAUAGAUUUUGGCUAAACUGUGGAAAUCUGGAAAAACACAAGCUUGCAUCUAAACAUGCACAGGUUAUUAGCUAACUGUAUAACCCAACAUGUACCUAUAUGAGAGAAAUGAUGGAUGCAUGAAUGUAAAUAUUGAUAUUUAAAUAUCUGCCUUCUGGACUGUUAAUGUACAGUGUAACAGAACAUGUUUAUACAUAGUAAAACUUAAACAGUGUGCUACCAUUUGAAAUUAUGUCAAUGUUGUCAAGUUAAUGGAGCAAGCCAUUAAUGUAUAUAUGGCAAUCAAUAGUACACAAUUUGUGCAUUAUACCAAACAAAAAGAUGUGCAAGUUGAUUUCAUUGCUGAGUUUUUCAGUUGUAAAUAAAACUAUACACAACAA